AUGGGUCGUCUUUCUGGAAAGAACGCUGUCAUCACUGGCGCUGGAGGUGGCAUUGGUCUUGAGACCUCUAUUCUCUUUGCCAAGGAGGGCGCUUCCAUUCUCAUGUCCGAUAUCUCUCAGCCUGCUCUCGAAAAGGCCGCCGCAAAGGUCAAGCAGCUCGUCCCCGAUGCUCCCCGCGUCGAGAUCCUCAAAGUCGACGUCUCCAAGGAAUCAGAGGUCCAGGCCAUGAUCGAAUCCCUCGACUCCUGGGGCGGCAUCGACGUCCUCUUCAACAACGCCGGCAUCAUGCACGCCCAGGACGACGACGCCGUCAACACCCCCGAGAACAUCUGGGACCUGACCCAGAACAUCAACGUCAAGGGCGUCUGGUUCGGCUGCAAGCACGCCGUCCUCUCCCUGCGCCGCAACAAGAAGUCCAAGGCCUCCAUCAUCAACACCGCCUCCGUCGUCGCCCUCGUCGGCGCCGCGACGCCCCAGCUCGCAUACACAGCCAGCAAGGGCGCUGUCCUCGCGCUCACGCGCGAGCUCGCCAUGGUGCACGCCCGCGAGGGCUUCCGGUUCAACAACCUGUGCCCUGCGCCGCUCAACACACCGCUCUUGCAGGACUGGCUGGGUGAUGAUAAGGAGAAGCGCCAUAGACGGGAGGUUCACUUCCCUAUGGGGCGGUUUGGCGAGGCUGUUGAGCAGGCGCAGGCUGUUUUGUUCUUGGCGAGCGAUGAGUCGAGCUUUGUCAAUGGGCAUGAUUUUGCGGUUGAUGGUGGUAUGACCAAGUGCUAUGUUACUGCUGAGGGGCCUGCGCAUCCUCCUCCUGAGAACAAUGCUACCAAGGACUCGUUGUAA